CAUCAAUCUGAGUCGAAUCAGUAGUAUCAGCAUCCCAAAGUGGAGUAAACAUUUCUAGACUUAAGCUUCCUCUGUAUCCGCCAAAUAUGUCGAUGAUGUUCAAUAUUGAGUGGGGCUACCUUGAGGGCCUCACGCGGGGCUUUAAGAACGGUAUGCUUAAGAACUCUGACUACCUCAACCUGACGCAGUGCGAGAGCCUCGAGGACGUGAUGAUCAGCAUCAAUGGCACCGACUACGGCAACAUUUUCGCCGGCGGGCACGGCGAGCCGAGUGUGGGUCUGAUCAACUCGAGGUUGCAGGACCGCCUGAUGCAGCAGUAUGACUACAUACUCUGCCACUCGUCAGAGCCGCUGACCACAUUUCUGGAGUAUAUCCGCUAUCCGUACAUGAUCGACAACAUCGCAAUGCUGAUCGCAGGCUUGAACAACCGGCGGCCCAUGAAGCGUCUGCUGAAGAUGUGCCACCCGCUGGGCCUCUUUGACCAGCUGGCGGCCAUCGAGCUGGUUACGGACUUGUCGGAGCUCUUCGACGUUGUGCUCAUCGAUACGCCUAUCGCCAAGUUUAUUCCGCCGGAUAUGCCCCGGGAGAAGCUGCAUGAAAUUGACGUGGAGAUCGUGCGGGCCAGCCUGUACCGGGCCUAUCUAGAGGGUUUCCACUCUUACUGCCGCGGGCUGGGCGGCAGCACAGGCGAAGUGAUGACCAAUUUGCUGGCUUUCGAGGCCGACCGCCGGGCCAUCACCAUAGCCGUAAAUGCGAUAGGCAGCGACAUCAGACCGGCCCACCGUAUGAAGAUGUUUCCCACCUGUGGCUCCCUGCCAGUGGUGGCCCUGGAUCACUUGGCCUUUGCUGCCGAUGCCGAUAAGAUACGGGACGUGUGCAAUAUGUACGAGGGAUAUGGCAAGUUGUUUGAUAUCUUUGACCGGGACACCGACGGCAUGAUAACGCUGGAGGACCGCUUCCUCAUUCUGGAGGCCAAGAAGAACGCCAGCUCGUUUCUGCAGCAGUAUCACUUUGGCAUCUUCUACUCGUUCAUCAAGCUGAAGCAGCUGGAGUGCCGCAACAUCGUCUGGAUCAGCGAGUGCAUCUCGCAGCGCCAGACGAACAAGGUCAACUACUAUAUUCCCAUUCCCUUGGACCAUUAGUCAAGCUGUGGCAUGAAUUUUGAAUUUUAACUGCAAAUUUACGCGAGAUUUUAGGUUUAAUCAUUUAAAUUGAAAUUCAUGAAUAUUCUGUACCCUUAAUUUGUACAUUUGGUUAUUGUUUUGAUUGAUAAGAAGGGUUUAAAAUA